AAGCUGUCGGUCUGUCGCCCGGGCCCGUAUCUUGCUUUUGUUUGCCAUGGCGAAGCGCAAGAAGCCGGGGGAGCAACAGGGCGGCAAAGAAAUGAUGGAGGAGAAAAGGAAGGAGCAGAAGAAGCAGAAGCUGCAGAAGGGGCAGAAGGGGCAGAAAGAGCAGCUGCAGAAAGUCUCGGAGAGCCCGAAGAAAAAGCAGCCGCCCAAGCAGGGUAGGAUUUUCUCCACCACGUCCGGCUCCGCUGUGUGGCUCGGCGCCUUCCGGAACACGCGACCAGGUUCCGAACCACUUUUCGUGGAUGGGCAGCAAGGGGUCGCCUCCAGUGAUCCUCUUGUGGGAGUGGAAGAGCCGCCGCAGAAGACA